UGACGUAUUCCUUCCAACGGCUGGUCGCGAGACAGAGGGGGGGAGAGAAAGAGCGCGCGCGCAGGCCUCCCUCCCUCCUUUGGGCGCGCGCGCGCUCCCGCUCCGAAACGGACGCCUCUGAUUGGUGGAGGCCCGAAGACCUGGCGGACCCCGACUGCCAGGCCCGGAAAAGCGGCAGCCGAGGCGGGCCCAGUCUUCCGGCCUCCGCGGGGCCCUUUCCAGUCUGUGAAUGAGGAUAUAUGAUUAUGGAUCCAGGUGGCGGAAGCCUUGGGCUGCAGACACAGGAAUCUAAAAUGCCUCACACUAUGAUCAUGCAGGAUUUUGUGGCUGGAAUGGCUGGUACUGCUCACAUUGAUGGAGACCAUAUUGUUGUAUCAGUCCCUGAAGCUGUACUGGUUUCCGAUGUUGUGACAGACGAUGGAAUAACACUUGAUCAUGGCUUAGCAGCGGAAGUUGUCCAAGGACCUGAUAUCAUAACGGAAACUGAUGUUGUUACAGAAGGUGUAAUUGUUCCUGAAUCUGUAUUGGAAUCUGAUGUUGCUAUUGAAGAAGCACUAGAUACCAGUGAUCAUGUUUUGACUUCUGAUCUAAUAACAGAAACUGUUAGAGAUCAGGUUUUUGUGGCUGAUCUUGUCACGGGGCCGGAUGGACAUCUGGAACAUGUGGUACAAGAUUCUGUGUCAGGAGCUGACUCUCCCACAAUGGUUUCAGAAGAGGUUCUUGUAACCAAUUCAGAUACAGAAACUGUUAUUCAAGCAGCUGGCACUGUUCCUGGUUCUACUGUUACUAUAAAAACAGAAGAUGAUGACGAUGGCAAGAGCACAUCUGAAGAUUAUUUAAUGAUAUCUUUGGAUGAUGUUGGAGAAAAGCUAGAUCAUAUUGGAAACACUCCAUUAAAAAUCAGCACUGAAGUUUCACAUGAUGAUGUAUCUAAAGAUGACGGGUUUGGUUCAGAAGUUAUUAAAGUGUACAUAUUUAAAGCUGAAGCAGAGGAUGAUGUGGAAAUAGGUGGAACUGAAAUUGUAACAGAGAGUGACUUUCAUAAUGGGCAUUCUGUAGCUGGAGUUCUAGAGCAAGGAGGUGUUGGCAGAGUACAGCGAGAGAAGAUGGUUUAUAUGGCUGUUAAGGAUUCCUCUCAAGAGGAUGAAGAUAUUAGUUGUGCUGAAAUAGCAGAUGAAGUUUAUAUGGAAGUUAUUGUUGGAGAAGAGGAAGCAACAUCACUUCCUGACGCACAGCUUGAAGAAUCUGGUGUGAAUAAAACCUUUGUUCCUGUUGCAUGGGCUGCUGCUUAUGGAGAUGAUAGAAGAUUACCAAAGAGGUAUGAAGACUGUCAAACACCAGGAACCAACUUGGAAGCAAGAUUAGAAAACAAAAAUGGUAAUGCAACUCAAUACCUGCAAAUCUGUGAUAGCAUUAGCACAAACAGACUGCUUAAGCAGAAGGCCAGGAGAAGGAGAAGAGGGGAAGCAAGGCAGUGGCAAACAGCUGUUAUAAUAGGUCCCGAUGGACAGCCCUUAACAGUCUAUCCUUGUCAUAUAUGUGGGAAAAAAUUUAAAUCCAGAGGAUUCUUGAAAAGACAUAUGAAAAACCACCCAGAUCAUAUGAUUAAGAAGAAAUACCAGUGUACAGACUGUGAUUUUACAACUAAUAAGAAAGUAAGCUUUCACAAUCACCUGGAAAGCCAUAAGCUUAUCAACAAAGUUGACAAAACUCAUGAAUUCACAGAGUACACAAGGCGAUACAGAGAAGCAAGCCCACUCAGUUCAAAUAAACUGAUUUUAAGGGAUAAGGAAACUAAAUCACACAAGUGCAAGUAUUGUGACUUUGAAUCUGCAGAGCAAGGACUGCUUAAUAGACACUUGCUUGCAGCUCACAGCAAGAACUUCCCUCAUGUUUGUGUUGAGUGUGGGAAAGGAUUCCGCCACCCUUCUGAGCUCAAAAAGCAUAUGAGAACCCAUACAGGGGAGAAGCCUUACCAGUGCCAGCAUUGUGUCUUCCGUUGUGCUGAUCCGUCCAAUCUGAAGACACACAUCAAAAGCAAGCAUGGUACUGAUCUGCCCUUUAAAUGUGAACAUUGUCCUCAGGCGUUCUCAGAGGAGAAAGACCUGCUGGAGCACCUGGAAUUGUUUCAAGGGCAUAAGACCCACCCGUGCCCACAAUGUGACCACAAGAGCACCAACACAAGUGAUCUGAAACGGCACGUAAUAUCUGUUCACACAAAAGACUUUCCUCACAAAUGUGAGGUAUGUGAAAAAGGCUUCCACCGUCCAUCAGAGCUCAAAAAGCACAAUGAAAGUCAUAAAGGUAAAAAGAUACAUCAAUGUAGGCACUGUGACUUUAAAACUUCAGAUCCUUUUGUACUUAGUGGGCAUAUCCUCUCAGUUCAUACCAAGGACCUGCCUUUUAAAUGCAAACGAUGCAAGAGAGGAUUUAGGCAACAAAUAGAACUGAAGAAGCACAUGAAGACCCACAGUGGAAGGAAAGUCUAUCAGUGCCAGUAUUGUGAGUAUAGCACUACAGAUGCAUCAGGCUUCAAGCGGCAUGUCAUAUCAAUACACACAAAAGACUAUCCCCACAGGUGUGAGUAUUGCAAAAAGGGAUUCCGUAGACCAUCAGAGAAAAACCAGCAUAUAAUGCGGCACCACAAAGAAGCUCUAAUGUAACAUAUGAGCUGUGGAAGAAAACAAUUUAGAAACUGUGAUAUGCUAAUUGGGGAAGUAAACUCUCAUGAACUGUUUCUCCUGGUUUCAAAGCUUGAUAUUAAAUCAUAACUUUACAUUCUUUGUAUUAAAAGUCUUAAAAAGUAUUAGGGUUGACAGAGGAGCUCAUAGCCCUAUGAUUGUUGCUCAUCAGAACCUAAAGAACACUAUAAAAUACAGAGAGGAACGAAUGUCUGGGAAGCUGCAGAAUGAGACCUUGAAUGUCUUCUGUUUAAAGUAUUAUACAUUAUUAAGCUAAAGAAAAUACUAAGGAAGUUAUCAUAGCCCUUUAUCAAUGACGCCAUUUUAUCUGCUUAAUGAAAAACCAGGGACGGAAAUUCUUUAAAAAGAUUUGCUAAGGCAGGUCUUCCAUAUGCAGUUUUUGAACAGUGAUACUACAUAGAAAUCAAAUCAUCAUUACAUUUGUCAUUGUCCUGAGAAAAAGUGUUCAGACUUGGUCACAUUAUGAGACCUAGACCUCUUUUGUGUGUUUGUUUUUAAAGCAAACAUACUUUUCAGCAGGAAUCUUUGUCUCCAUUUAUAUAGGUUCGAUGGAUAAUUUUUUUCAGAGCUGCUAACCUAUUUUAUUGCAGGAUAUGGUGUUACAAAUACAGCAUUAUGUUUUUGAGCUCAAAAAGUGUUGUUCGGUGCUAAGGUUAAAGACGUGUGUAUAUAUAAUUUCCCUUUUUAUCUGAAUCUGCAGUUGAAUGUUCAAUAUGGCACAUAUGACAGGAAGUAUCUUUUGGCCGUUCUAAUUAUUAUUUUAAGAAAGAAGAAAAUGGAUGAAUGCAGCUGUUGGUGCUAAGACUUGGCACUGUUCUUUUUCUUGUUUCUUUACUAUCUUCCUUUUUUACAAAACAAAAAGUCUCAAGAUAGAAAGAACACAAUCAUGCCUAGAGAAUCUGUAGGACUAGUGUUCCUGGCAAAGGAGGAGCACAGGUCCUUAAUUGCAAAUUUUAAAAAAAUCAGUAUAGACAUGAAAAUUGCACCUUUUAAUCAAUUCAUACAAAAUGUAUACCAUUCUAUGAACAUGCAUUCUCAAUCUGUAAGAAAGUUAUAUAUGCAGUAUUUAACCAGAACAAUAUGCUGCCACUAGAGGUUUGGAGGUGGGUCUUCAGUUUACAGUGUAUACAUUUGAAAUAUGCAUCCCUUUAAACAAUGCUUUGUGUUAGCAUGCUGCAAAUCAAAAUGGCGCUUAAUAUAACAAGCUGGUCUAGGGCUAUUUAAUAAUUAAAGAACUGUUCAUAAAUGUUAUGCAUAUAAUGUGUCCUUUUUUAAACUUUUUUUUAAGUUGCUUCAUGUUUGCACACAGCUGUUCACAUGAUAAAUUGUAACUUUACUUCAUGCUACUAUAUUGUGGCUUUGUGUUUCGGAUAAUGUUCAUACUUUGUUUUUGCACCAGAUGAGAAUCAGUUCCUUGAGAAUAAUUUUUUUUUUUAAUAUUUCUAAAUUUCAGAAAGUUAACUUUGGGAAACCUUAGAAAACGACUUGUGUUCUAUGUGGCUGUAAAAAAUGAUGUACACGCUGUAAAAUAAGAUUGUCACUGUUAUGUGGGAUUAUUAUUUCAAAAUGUGUUACUCAUUGUAAUGAGCAUACAAUAAAAAGCAUCUCUUGCACUCCAAA